GCUUGCCCGCUUGCCUCGACGCCCAAUCACGCACAACGGUUCAUACCGCCCGCCUCCGCCUCCGCCUCAUCUCGAUCCGCCACCCAUUGAAUGAAGUCGACCACGUACGAGUAGCCGCCCACCGUCGCCGCCUGCCCUCGAGGAUCCUAGGAGCAACAAGAGCAAACCGCCCGACCCGCUAGCACGCAGGUAGCUCUGGUAGGCCAAGCCGCCGACGCCGCUCCUUCUUCCACCGCGCCUUCUUUCCAGCCUCCCCUCAAUCCUUUUCCCCCGUGCUGCUACGAAGAUGGCUGCACCAUCACUCCCUCCAGCAUCGUCGCAGUCAUCGUCUACUGCAGCCGCUGCAGUGUCCGUAGCCGCACCUGCUGCCAGCGUGUCCCUUCACCCGCUCGCCAGCCGCGGAGGACACCAAUCCUCGACGAUUGUCUCGGUCGAGAUCCCUCAGCGAGGAGAGGCAGAAGACGAUCUUCCUGGCCUGUCAGAGCUCCAGGCGAGCCUCGACGAGGACUCACCAGGUGGACCCCUCGAUUUCCGCCAUCCUUCCACUCCUCGACCCUCUGCGCCGGCGCGUGAGAAUGAGCAGCCUUGGGGAAUAACGCAUGAAGAUCUGGAGCAGUAUCCUGUCGUCGAUGAUAGGCCAGUCUUAUGCACCUUUCUUGACGAGGACAGCUACCCGCACAUCUUCCCCGUCGAUGAUGCUCCGCCGAUCAGAGCAAUGACGGUCCAGCAGUUGGCCGAGCUGCAUUCUCACUACGCCUCACUCGAUGUCCCACAAUCCGUCGUCUUCCCCUUUCUCCAUGGUGUCGAUGGUACCAACCUAGCUCAAAACGUCUUCUUCAAGGCGCCUAUCAGCGGCCAGCCAGCACCUAACUACCGCGGUCUUGCCAUCGUCCGCGCAGACAUGCCCACCCCAACGCAGCAGAGACGUCAGCAUCGGGCGUCGUUUGCCGCGUCCAGCAGCAAUCACUCGAGAUCGAGAGCACACUCCAUCGCAUCGUCGUCCGCAGGCAGCGAGGAUGCUAGCAGGGCCUCGAGCGAGGGCGGACGCCAUGAGAUGGCCCCUUCGAGCUCAGUCACCUCCAUCAACUCGUCAGUGGCAUCCUCGGACCGCUCGAGCGCAUCUCUCUUCUCCGCUGCCAACGAUUCUGGAUACAACACAUCGCAGACGUCGGUCACGACGAGCUGUGGUGCAGAAGAAGCGCAACAAAAGCAACCUCACCAAGCCGCCUCACCUACCGAGAGCUGGGAUCCUCAGCCGGAGCACUCGAUUCUCAACUCGUCCUUCUACCCGGCCGAGCUCCUUCGCCCACCCGUCAUGGUCAAUCGCCGCUCGAAGAAGUCGUACCACGCAGUGCCCUGCUCCUCACCCACGCAAGACGAGACAAUGGUGCAGACUUCCUCCUUCUACCGGCCCGAGCAGCCAGACGGAGUCAAUUUGCGCAACUUCAAGAUUCAGAGCGCCAAGUACGCAACCGUCUCGGACAUUGUCAUCUACUGCCCCGCCGGCUUCCACGAGGGUGUUCUUUGCCUAGCCAAGUGGUUCCAGGAAGCUCACGAGGCGAGCUGGCAGGAGAGGGUGGACCGUGGGCUCGGUGGACUUCGUUACAACGUCUUCAUCGUCACUGAGCCCUUUGCAGCCUUCCAGCGCAUUGCACCCCACCUCGUCGCAGUCAACGCCCAUGGGACACCUCAGCAUCGUGUCGACUUUGUGGAGCGAGAGCGCGAAGAGAUGCAACGCCUUACGGCCGCCUCGCCCAUCGAUGACAAUGUCUGGCUGGGCUGCACGGGGGACAUGCCUGCAUUCGACGAUGAAGACGGAGACGCCGACGACUUGAGCGAUGCAGAGAAUCGUCAACUAAACCCUCAUGGCUUCAGCAUCUGCAUUGAGUGCCAUGACUCUGCAGACGUGCCUGAUGCACGCAGGCUGAGCCAUGCUGCUCACUUCCUCGACGCAGUAGAAGCGACGGCUGUCUUUGAGCUCAACAGCAAGCAGGCCUUGCGUGACUUUGAGCAAGAUGAAGGGACAGAUGGCUCCAGGGGAAGGAGUGAAGCAAGGGGCCGUGUCGUAGACGGCAGCGACGAUUCUCGCGCAUCGUCUCUGUCCCUUGGCCCAAACGGCUGGACGCCAGCUCUGCCCAGUCGUCUGCAGAGCGGUGGUCUUAGACGCAAGACGAGCGAAGGACCAAGCGAAGGGGUCGCGAAGGCUCCCACGCCGGCUGUCAACAACAUCGUUCAGCUUGAGUGCUCUUCGCUCAGCGGCCUCCUGCCUGACCGCGAGCAAGAUCGCCUGCCCGGUACCGAGGUCGACCGUCAGCUUUCCCGAGUUGCAGACGCCGUCGUCAAUGUGUGCGUCUGGCUAAAGAAUCAGAGCGUGCCGGCCGCGACUCAAGCCGCCUCUCAACCGCAGCCUAGCAGUGGUGGCUUACUCGCGGGAGCACUUCGCAGUGUCGGCAACCACCAUGGCCGCCACUCUGGAUCUCAGUCACCCUCGUCACCCAAACAAGCACGCUCUGUCCUGCCCUCGACACCGACCGCUAAGCGUCAUCCUCGUCGCGUCCUCAUUCACUGCGGCGACGGCUAUACUGAGACGUCGAUCCUUGCGCUCACAUACCUCAUGUACGCUCGCGGUCUGUCGCUGCCCGACGCCUACCUUCAUCUGCAGAACACGGCCAAGCGAUCCUUCUUUGUGUUUGCCAAGGAUGUGCCGCUGCUCAAGAAGCUCGAGAUCCACGCCAUGGCAAUGCGACGUCGUGAAGCCGAGCAGUUCGAGGCGGCACAGGAGGCGGCACAGAGUCGCACUGCAAAGGCCAAGCACUCCUUCCCUUGGCUCAACUCGGACGAGAAGGAGGCAAGGCGCAAGGCAGGAGCGAGUCCUUCGGGUCGACGUGGCUCGAUGACCUCGUCUGAGCAACCUCACGAGCAAGGCAGCAUGUGGGCUCGAGGACUGCACGGUCUCGUCUCUGCAGCCUCUGGCGGAUCUUCCACCCUCAAGAAGACGCCGUCGAGCGCAGCUCUCGGCACGAACCUCUCGCCUACCACCAGCAACACUGGAGGCUCCACAAGCCCUCGCUCCGAGAUUGCGCCACCCUCACGUGCCUUGACACCGACACCGCGAAGCGUCCGCCAGAAGCAGACCGACCACUCCUGGUUCCACGACCCGCGCUUCGAAGGUUCCUUCCCCUCACGAAUUCUGCCUUUCCUCUACCUCGGAAACCUCAAUCACGCCCUCAACCCGGCCAUGCUUCACGCACUGGGCAUUUCGCACGUUGUCUCCGUAGGCGAGUCAGCCUUGCACCCACCUACCUCUUCGUCCACCACCGUAGCCAGCACCACGGGUGGCGGACCCGCUCCCAAGUUGCCUGCCGUGCCUGAGCCGGAAGUCCGCAACUCCCUCUGGAACGAGGAGCAGGCCGGGCGCAUUUCCGUCCUUGACCUCAAGAACGUAAGCGACGACGGCAUUGACCCUCUGCGAUCCACGAUGCGUCGAGCAGUCGAGUACAUUGAAGCUGCUCGACGCAAGGGUGAGCGAGUGCUCGUUCACUGCCGCGUAGGGGUCUCCCGCAGCACGACCAUCGUCCUGGCUUACGUGAUGGCGCACCUCGACCUGACGCUGGUGGAGAGCUACCUACUCGUGCGCUCUCGUCGCCUGUCCAUCCUGAUCCAGCCGCACCUCCUCUUUUUCUGGGAGCUUCGCGGCUGGGAGACGUACGUCGCCUCUCAAAAGCUCAAGAGGGCAGCAGAAGAUGCCAUGCGUCAGGCUGGCGUGCAACUCGAUGAGGCCGACCUCAAACGCAAGCCUGCCUUGUCCGCUCUCUCCCUCGAAACACGCCUCGACGACGUCGUCAACCCUACCAAUGCCGCCGCUAUUGCCUCGCAAGCGGCCAAAGUGGGCUCUUCUUGUGGCUUUCAGCAUGCGCGCACCGCCUCCACCGCUAGCAACAUCAAGGCCGAAGGCGAGCAAGGCUCCGAUCUCGACGUGGACAUCGGCCUCGGUGCCGGUUCACCGUACGGUUUCCAGGUCUCGGACGUCCACAAGAGGCCAUUUGGCUCCGGCUCACCGAGUGGCAUCCCGGCUGAAAGUCUCAGGUUGACAUGGGGUUUCCUCUGCCGUGAGAUUGCAGCUUUGAACGAGCGCUACUUCUGAGCCGGUGUCGAGUCGCGACUCUGGGACCCUACGACAACAAACAGACCAAAAUUACUUCAGCAUUCAUAUAGAUGAGCGACCGCUCUGUCUCACUCCUUUUCAA